AUGGACAAGUACAAACAAUUUUCUCGAAUAUUGUUUUGGUUUGUCUUGUGCUUGGGGUUCUACAGUUGUGCAGCUGGAGGUACUAGAGAAAGAAAGCUAUGGAUUCGAGUUAAGGAUAGAUGGUACAGAAAUGGUGGAAGUGGAAGUAUUGGAUCAGGGAGAAUGGGAAGGGUAACAGAGGAAAUGCAGGACACCAAUGAUGGAGCUGCCUUUAAUGCUGUGGGUCCUCAAGGAGCUGUGAGUCCUGGAGGACCUGUGGUUCCUGGAGGAGUUGUUAGUAAUAGCGGUGUGGAUGCGAGUGCUGGAGGUGCUGGUAAAGGUACUGGCAGUGGCGUUGGUGUUGGGAUUGGUAAUUGCGGGAAAGACUGGAGAGGCAAUACUCGUUGUAUUCCUGGUGUGGGUAUUGGUGUAGGGGUUGGUGGGGGAAAUGGUGGCGGGGGUGGGGGUGGGGGUGGUGUAGUUGGAGUUGUUGGGAAUGGUGGAGCGGAAGGUGGAGGCAUUGCUUCGGGAGGUGGAGGCCUCGGGUAUGACUUGGGGGCUAAGGGUGGAUAUGGCUCAGUUGGUGGAGGACUCGGAUAUGACGUUGGCCCUUACAAGGGUGGAAGCUUUGGGAAUAGUGGUGGAUAUGCAGAAGGUGGGGGAAUGUCAUAUGGUUCAGGUAGUGGAGGACUCGGGUAUGGUAUUGGUGGUAACAAGGGUGGAAAUUUUGGAAACAAUGCAGGGUUUGUUCCAGGAGGCGGUGGAGAAGGCGUGGGUAUUGGUAAAGGGUAUGGGGAAGGCGUGGGCAUUGGAAGUGGCAAAGGGUAUGGGGGAGGCUAUGGUAGUGGGGGUGGGGGAGGAUAUGGUAACUAUGGGGGAGGAAGGCAUGAGGAAGCUCAAAAAGAACACACCCUUGAUCAUUCUGGCAAGAACUAA